GGUGGUGGUGGAGGAGGAGGGUCACCACCCCCUACAUUACCCUCAGUUCAUUGUGGUGGCGGGGGUACGCUGUUGCCCUCCGCCCUCUACUGCCCAAUGUUACCUCCCUGGCACCUGGCGCUCCUUACACAUCACGCCCUACACGCCCGAGGAUUGUCUAUGGGCGGAGGUGGAGCUGGGGCGUACCUCCACCUGCCUCCCAUGUUGGCCACCGUUCCUACCUCUCAGGGGGCGCCGCUCCCCAGGGUCCCCCAGGCGCUACACCCUCCCACGUUGCCACAGAGCCCAGUAGAGACCGUGAUCGGGGCCGUCAGGGGUCGUGAUCUGACCUCACCUACGGCAUUGGGGGUCACCUCGCCCCUGCUGCCACCUCCACGCCCACACCACCCACGUAUGCGUCGCAGUUUCACCAUCGCCGACUUACUAGGGGGCGGAGACGACCAUCUUGACGGAGGUACGACCAGCGACCUGCCAGCAACACACGACGGGUCACUUGGUCAGCUGGAAAGCCCCGCCCACAUAUAUGAUGAUCAGGACCGCAACGACAACUUCUCUCCACAAGACGACACCUCUGAUGGCUUCCAGGGCACCAACGACCACAGCUCCAGGUUCGAGUGGCUCCAGUGUACCCGCUACCACCCGCCCAAGCUGCCCAGAGUGAAGCGCCGUGAGGGUGGUCAGAAACGCAAGUUGGGACGGAACCCUCGAGUACCCUUCUCCUCCUCUCAGCUGGCAGCUCUUGAGGCUCGCUUCAGGCAGUCACAGUACCUCUCCUCCUGUGACGUGGCUGACCUCUCCGCCCUCCUCAACCUCACUGAGACAAGGGUAAAGAUCUGGUUCCAAAACCGUCGGGCACGGGAGAGGAGGGACAGAGAGGCCCGGGCCAAGGGUCUACUGCCCCCCGCCCCGUCCUCUGCCUCACCAGGAGCAUCGUCAUCCAGCACGGGUGGCCCCCUACCACCCUCCGCCCUGGCGCUCUACCAGUUCACUGCCGCCCUCGCUCCGGGCUCCGCCUCUGCCUUUACGCCCGUGAUGCCCCGCCCAUUCGGUGAGGCUCCUCCCAUCCAGCUGGCUGACUCCGCCUUAGACCCGCCCAGCCACAGUGAGGGUCCGGGUGGAGCUCCGCCCACUCCGCGCUGCGUCGCGGCCUUUGAGUCUGUCAACGACGUGGAGCCGCUCAGCCUUAGCAAGGAGGGCAGGGGGGUGUCGCCCAGGGGCCGCGACGCCCCUGCCCUCCCUUCACCUGGACUCAGCGAGGUGACGACCACGGCGGCGCUGGCCAAGACGUGUGAGGUGAACAGAUCCUUCCUUCACCCUCGACAGCCUCUCUCAGCCAGCAACUCAUCCGCCUCACCCUGAGUGACCAAUCCAAUAAAUGACUGAUAUAUGAACUUAACAAAUAAAUGACUGAAAUAAAUGAAGGAAUUCAUCAGCAAAAAUAAAUAAAAUUAUAAAUAAAUAAUGAAACAAAUAAAUAAAUGAGAAAUAAAAUUAUACUUAGCUAUAGUGUUAAGCACAGCACUCUUAUAGUGUAUAAGUCACACAGUCGUGAAGCAGCCGCCGCCCACCUCACCAACUAAUGUGUCAACAGCGGCUCUGCCUUCACCUGUGCUCUGUUAGGGACACAAGAGUUGAUGUAUUAUGGCUCGUAGAUUAACAAUGAAAACAAAUAAGUAAUUACCUUUAGCUAUUAUUGUUGUAGAAUCUUGAUUUUUUUAAUAAAUUAGUAAAUGAAGAGAAACAAGAAUAUUAGUAUUUUAUAUAUCUGAAAGACCUCAUAUAGUACAUGACAUCUAAACUACUGUACACCCAAAGCCAUGCAGUACACCCACAACUACAGUACACUCACUACUAAUGUACACAGAGCGACAAGUAUAUACUGUUAAUGGUGACACUACAUAUACUCAAGUUACCCCAGUUUUCAUUACACUCCACAGAAAACGGACACCAUCAUAGAAAACUGUACAGGUCUCUUUUAAAGUUGUAACAGUAAAUAUUCUUAUAUAUAUAACCUUAUUUUUCUAAACCGUCAUGUAAUUCCACAAAAAGUUAUGCCAUGCAGAGGAAGUUAUACUAUAUACCAGGUAUCAACACUGACUCGCUAUUUUGACGUGAAAUUCCCUUAAAACGCAAAACUAACAAACCAAACCAAACUUAAAAUAAUCUAACACUAUAUUUCAGCUCUGUUCAAAUUGGUUUGUAUUCAGUUUUAAAAGAAUUUCACGGUAAAAUGACCCUUCCAUCUGCGUUGCCAUAGGUGCCAUAUUUACCAGACACUGAAGCUUACGGAGUCCUGCAUGGCAAAAUAUUCAUCGUAUAAAAAUGUAUAAUAUUUCUCUCUUUUGUGUAGUACUGAAAGUUUUUAUUAUUAUUAUUAUUAUUAUUAUUUCCAUGUGUUAUUGUUACUCUGACUUCCCAAUAACUACAGGAACUUAAAAAUAAAACUAAAAUAAAUGAAUGUCACAAUAUAACCAUCUAAAUGUCUUCUGAUCUACAAACAAUCGAUAUAAUUUUUUUUUCGUCUUCCAUUUUAUUAUUAAGGU